CAUAGACUCGAUACCACUGCAAAUACUAGAGACCGGGCAAUAUUCUUCAUUUAUCGCAAUAGUGAUAUUUAAAUAAUAAUAUAAAUAUUCCACGUAGUAAUAUUUAUUGCCGACUUUGCUAACGAUUAUUACAAACGUUAUCCUAAAUAAUAUUGCUCUAAACAAGGAGAAAAACCUGCUGGCCCCCCGUAGAAGCUGUUGUUUCAUGCUAUUCUCUUUCCUUCCCGCUUUUUUUAACGUUGAUAACGGUUACACUGAUGGUCUCUGUAGAGGUUUUAAGUCUUCAAUAUUAACUAAAGUUGAUUACGCCAACUUGCGGCAGUGUGAGACUCUUGAAGAUAUCAAACUACACCUUAAAAAUUCCGAAUAUGGGAUUUUAUUGUCCACAGAGCCUGAAGUUAUCAACGUUGCAACCCUUUCUGAUAAGCUUCAAGAACACUUAGUCAAUCACUUUAAAACUUUGCGGACACACUCUGUGGAGCCCACCACUUCUUUUCUUAACUAUAUAACCUAUAGCUAUAUGAUAGAUAACAUCAUUUUGCUUUUAAGUGGUAUAUUGCACGAAAGAGACAUAUCUGAACUUUUAAAGAAGUGCCAUCCACUAGGAUUUUUUGAUUCCAUCGGCUCUCUCACGAUUGCCUCUUCUCCUGAAGAAUUAUACAACUUAGUGUUAAUUGACACCCCGCUAGCUCCCUAUUUUAAGAACUGUUUAACUAUUGAUGAUCUUAAUGGACUUAAUAUUGAAAUUAUAAGAAAUCUGUUAUAUAAGUCUUAUAUUGAAGAUUUUGUGGAGUUCUGCCUAAACUUGGGAGGAGAAACUGCAGAAGUUAUGAAGGAAAUACUAGCUUUUGAGGCUGACCGCCGAGCUUUUAUAAUUACAAUUAACUCUUUUGGGACAGAAUUAAAAAAAGAGGAGCGUAUAAAGUUGUUUCCUCACUACGGGAGGCUAUACCCGGAAGGGCUAAGCUUAUUAGCAAACUGCGAUAGUUAUGAACAAGUUCGAGAGGUCGCUGGUUUUUAUUCUGAAUAUAACGUUCUUUUUGAGUGCGCUGACUUGGACACUGGAAGAACACUUGAAGAUAUGUUUUAUGAAUAUGAAGUUGCUUUGAACAAGCGCUCUUUUUUAAGCCAUUUUAACUUGGGAAUUUAUUACUCUUACGUAAGACUAAAGGAACAGGAGUGUCGCAAUAUAGUUUGGAUUUCCGAAUGCGUCUGUCAAAAUCAUAAAGCUAAAAUUGAUAACUUUAUACCGAUUUAUUAA